AGACAACGGCGAGUGGCGACAUACGAACCAGGGAUCUGUUCAAAAUCCGGGGCAAUGUCUGAAGCUAGGGGGGCGUGCUACGUCAUACCGUCUGGCUUCGAGCCAAACAAACAAUUAGAGUACAGUUCUCAGCAUAUGAACGCCCAAAAUACAUGCCUAUCACAGUCAAAGAAAGGUAGAAAAGGAAAGUUGAAACAUGCCAACCAGUCUUUACAAUCUGACCAAAAGCCAGACAGCUGUAAGAAGCGUCUCUGUAAUCGUCCUCAAAUCGAUAUACGGCGCAUUGUACAAAUCGGGCACAAUAGAAACACCAUUUCCUUUAUUCAAAAGAAAGACUCCAAUGCUAGCGUUAGCAAUACAACUAUUGUACAACUCGGGGACAACAACAUUGUAUAUGUAUACUUAGGUGACAAACUCCCCAUGAACAUACUGCUAGGAGACACGGUCGUCGUGUACGUCCCCCCUGGGUGUGACGGCAGGCCCCGGGUGUUUGUCUGCGAACAGAGAGGACCUGACAACCAGAUUGUCACCCACUGUCGCCACAAGUCGCCACGGAUCUUUGAACGACAGACAUUUGACAACUUCCGGUCACGACACUGUCACGUGAUCAGAUCUGUCCUGCUGCCAGCUGCUUCCGGCUCCAGUAAGAAAGCUGCGGGCCGUCAUAAGCCGUUGACUCCCGGGGACUGCGAUGUCGUGACCAUCAAGCAUGGUGGCUCUCAUCGGACUCACACAAGAAGAAGAGUGAAACCUCAUAGCAGGAAGUACCCGCUUCUUCAUCCCAUCGGGGUCAAGGGCACCAGAAAACUGUGAACCCUGUGUGCCUGAGAAGAGAUAUAUUCUCAGGCAGUUUCGAAAUGGACGCAUAUUCCAGUUAGGGAUACCUUGUAAGCCAUAUUGGCUCAAGUCUAAGACAUUUGUACAUUCCCUAGCCAUAACUUUCAAUGUUAGUAUAAAUAUAUUGCACAUUUAUAUUAGCAUAUGUUAUGUACCCAUGUAAGCCAUAUUGGCUAUACCAAUAAUAACUGUAAGUAUAUUAUACAUAACACCUUGCAAUGUUAGCAUAUAUUGUACUGCCACCUUGUAUAACAUAUACACAUGUAUAUUUAUCAUAUACCAUGUGUUCCUGUAAGCCAUAUUGGCUAUAUCAAUAACAACUGUAAGUAUACUAUACAUAACUUGCAAUGUUAGUAUAUAUUGUACUGCCACCUUAUAUAACGUAUACACAUGUAUAUUUAUCAUAUACACUGUGAUCCUGUAAACCAUAUUGGUUGUAUCAAUGUCAGCUGUAAGUUUAUUAUUCACAACUUGCAAUGCUAGUAUAUGUAUUGUACGUCUAGAUGGCAUACAUACAUAUCCUGUAUAUACUAUGUUCCCUUGUAAGCCAUAAUGGCUGCAAAUAGUCUUAUAUACAAUCUUAUGAAAACACACACAUUUCAAUGCUUAAUAUUGCACAAUACCACUGUAGUGUGUUACAUCGGUAAGGCACUGAUCUGGAUGUUAACGUGUGUCACUGUAAUUUAGUCGUAUCGUGAGACAAAAACCUGUAAAAUCAUUAUGAUAUACAGUUUACCUCUGUCAGAUUGAAAGCCUUGUUGUACCUCUGUCAGAUUGAAAGCCUCGUUGUACCUAUGUCAGAUUGAAAGCCUCGUUGUACCUCUGUCAGAUUGAAAGCCUCGUUGUACCUCUGUCAGAUUGAAAGCCUCGUUGUACCUGUCAGAUUGAAAGCCUCGUUGUACCACUGUCAGAUUGAAAGCCUCGUUGUACCUCUGUCAGAUUGAAUGCCUUGUUGUACCUCUGUCAGAUUGAAAGCCUCGUUGUACCUCUGUCAGAUUGAAAGCCUCGUUGUACCUGUCAGAUUGAAAGCCUCGUUGUACCUCUGUCAGAUUGAAAGCCUCGUCGUACCUGUCAGAUUGAAAGCCUCGUUGUACCACUGUCAGAUUGAAAGCCUCGUUGUACCUCUGUCAGAUUGAAAGCCUUGUUGUACCUGUCAGAUUGAAAGCCUCGUUGUACCUGUCAGAUUGAAAGCCUCGUUUUACCUCUGUCAGAUUGAAAGCCUCGUCGUACCUGUCAGAUUGAAAGCCUCGUUGUACCACUGUCAGAUUGAAAGCCUCGUUGUACCUCUGUCAGAUUGAAAGCCUUGUUGUACCACUGUCAGAUUGAAAGCCUCGUCGUACCCUGUCAGAUUGAAAGCCUCGUUGUACCUCUGUCAGAUUGAAAGCCUCGUUGUACCUAUGUCAGAUUGAAAGCCUCGUUGUACCUCUGUCAGAUUGAAAGCCUCGUUGUACCACUGUCAGAUUGAAAGCCUCGUCGUACCUGUCAGAUUGAAAGCCUCGUUGUACCUCUGUCAGAUUGAAAGCCUCGUUGUACCUCUGUCACAUUGAAAGCCUCGUUGUACCUAUGUCAGAUUGAAAGCCUCGUUGUACCACUGUCAGAUUGAAAGCCUCGUUGUACCACGGUCAGAUUGAAAGCCUCGUUGUACCGCUGUCAGAUUGAAAUCUAUGUCACAAAGAGAGCAUGUGUGUCACCAUUUGCACAUGUGGCACACAUUUAGACAUUGUGUACAUGAAUAAAAUGUCUAAUGAAUCUA